UUCAGCCCGACAUUGUCACCUCCUCUUUGAGGGGUUAGAAGAAGCUGGGAUCUCCCGACAGAGCUGGAAAUGGUGAUGAAUGUUUUUUAAUCAAAGGACAAUUUCUUUUCACUGCACUUUGACUAUGGAAGCAGAGGCUAUUGAUGGCUACUUAACAUGUGACAAUGAGCUUUCACCUGAAGGGGAGCACGCCAGUAUGGCCAUUGACCUCACCUCCAGCACACCCAAUGGACAGCACGCCUCACCAAGUCACAUGACUAGCACAAAUUCCGUAAAGCUAGAAAUGCAGAGUGAUGACGAGUGUGACAGGAAACCCCUGAGCCGCGAAGAUGAGAUCAGGGGCCACGAUGAGGGGAGCAGCCUAGAAGAACCCCUAAUUGAGAGCAGCGAGGUGGCUGACAACAGGAAAGUCCAGGAUCUUCCAGGCGAGGGAGGAAUCCGGCUUCCGAAUGGUAAACUGAAAUGUGACGUCUGUGGCAUGGUUUGCAUUGGGCCCAAUGUGCUUAUGGUACAUAAAAGGAGUCACACUGGUGAGCGCCCCUUCCACUGUAACCAGUGCGGAGCUUCUUUCACCCAGAAGGGCAACCUUCUGAGACACAUAAAGUUACACUCUGGAGAGAAGCCGUUCAAAUGUCCUUUUUGUAGCUAUGCUUGUAGAAGAAGGGACGCUCUCACAGGACACCUCAGGACCCACUCCGUGGGUAAGCCUCACAAGUGUAACUACUGUGGACGAAGCUACAAGCAGCGAAGCUCACUGGAGGAGCACAAGGAACGCUGCCACAACUAUCUCCAGAAUGUCAGCAUGGAGGCUGCCGGGCAGGUCAUGAGUCACCAUGUGCCGCCCAUGGAAGAUUGUAAGGAACAAGAGCCUAUUAUGGACAACAAUAUUUCUCUGGUGCCUUUUGAGAGACCUGCUGUCAUAGAGAAGCUCACGGCAAAUAUGGGAAAGCGCAAAAGCUCCACUCCACAGAAGUUUGUGGGGGAAAAGCUGAUGCGAUUCAGCUACCCAGAUAUUCAUUUUGAUAUGAACUUAACGUAUGAGAAGGAGGCUGAGCUGAUGCAGUCUCACAUGAUGGACCAAGCCAUCAACAAUGCAAUCACCUACCUUGGAGCUGAGGCCCUUCACCCUCUGAUGCAGCAUGCACCAAGCACAAUCGCCGAGGUGGCCCCAGUUCUAGGCUCAGCUUAUUCUCAGGUCUAUCAUCCAAGCAGGAUAGAAAGACCCGUUAGCAGGGAGACGUCUGACAGUCACGAAAACAACAUGGAUGGCCCUAUCUCUCUCAUCAGACCAAAGAGUCGACCCCAGGAAAGAGAGGCCUCUCCCAGUAAUAGCUGCCUCGAUUCUACGGACUCAGAAAGCAGCCAUGAUGACCACCAGUCCUACCAAGGAAACCCUGCCUUAAACCCCAAGAGGAAACAAAGCCCACCUUACAUGAAGGAGGAUGUCAAGGCCUUGGAUGCUACCAAGGCCCCCAAGGGCUCUCUGAAGGACAUCUAUAAGGUUUUCAAUGGAGAAGGAGAACAGAUAAGGGCCUUCAAGUGUGAGCACUGCCGAGUCCUUUUCCUGGACCAUGUCAUGUACACCAUUCACAUGGGUUGCCAUGGCUACCGGGACCCACUGGAGUGCAACAUCUGUGGCUACAGAAGCCAGGACCGUUAUGAGUUUUCAUCACACAUUGUUCGAGGGGAGCACACAUUCCACUAGGCCUUUUCAUUCCAAAGGGGACCCCCAUGAAGAACUAACUGCACAGGAAGAGAUACUGCACUUACAGCCCCACCUUCCCUCAGAUGGUGACCUUCUUUCUCCCUAAAUACUGUCACUGUCUAUGAUCCUUAUAUUGUGGACAAAAUGUCAUUUGCUCUGCCUAAUUAUAGUAAGAAAGAAACAUGAGAAAAGGGAUAGGAUGCUCACCGGUAACCUGGCUUGUUUAUUUUGUGGGUGUUUAAAGCAGUCUAUUUCUGCCAUGCGUCCAGAUUAAGGCCUGUCCUGCUUUGGGAAAUCCUUUGGUUCAUAGAGAUUCACCUAAAAUAUUCUGGUUUGCCAUUGAUGUUCAGGAUCGUGAUGGA